AUGUACGCAGGCAACUAUGGUCUUCCCAAUGCCAUUCCUCCUGCGGGAUCGCAAUACAAUGGCGGCGCCCCACACUCAGCUUCUCACAACCAUCAUUUGCAGCCCGGUCAAGGUCAUCCUAACCAGGUCUCGAUGUACAAUCAGCAGUUUCCCAUGGGUACGCAGGCUGGUGUUGCUUUCCCCGGCGCCCCUAACAUGAUGUCAGGUCCUGGUCCUGCAGGAAUGAUGCAAAAUACCGGUAUGCCGCACAUGGCCGCGGCUAAUGGUCCGAUGCCUAACUACCAACCACCAUACACGAACUCGCCUUAUGGUGCUGGUGUCCCUAGCUCCGUCGCGCCCCAGAUGAAUAUCCCUCCUAACUACGCGAUGGGGGGCGGCAUGCCUAUGUCUGGUUUCCCUAUGCAUCCCGGGAUGAAUCACCAGCAGCAGAUGAUGCAGCGUAUGCACCCGCCUCCAGCAAAUACACCGGGAAUGUCAACUCCUACACCCCAACGAUCUUUUCAAAACCAGCCUCGUCAGAAUACUCCGACUCCGAAUAACGCGCCGAAUACACAGCAACACCCAAUGUCAACUCCACAAAAUGCGCAUAGCACCCCUCAAAACCAGACGCCGAAUAAUGCGCAGCAGCAGCCUCAGCAACAACCACAGCAACAUCAACAACAACAACAACAGCAGCAGCAGCAGCAGCAACCACCACCUAAUAAUAUCCCAACACCGCAAACCCCAACGUUCCCGAUAUCAGCUCAAAAUAACGGACCCAGUAACGCGUCAUCUGGGUCGACACCGUUAAGCCCCGGUCCAGACUCUAGAGACAAGGAACGGGUUGGUGUAAUAUUGGAGAUUAACAACGAGUUAUUGUUAGAGGCUAUGCAGAUACAAAAUACGCAACAGAUAUUGAAAAAGGAGAGGGCGUCCGCUAAUGGCACUGAUGGUACUGCAAGCGAACCGGAGAAGAAGCCAACCGAGGAAGAUAUGCUGGCGCAAGACUACCUCCAUUGUAUGCGAAGACUCCAGACAAACUUGACGUAUCUAGCGGCAUUGGCCGAUAAGAAAGGCAAUGUCACAGCUGGACCAUGUCCUAGUUACUUAAAACCGCCACCACUCAAUACCAGUAUCAAGCUAAGGAUGAUGCUGGGCCCGGAUGGAUCAGAGAAUCAAGAAGCUCCGGACCGGAGGGAGACGGCCAAAUACAUUCAAGAAUUGUAUAAAAAGCUUCAGGCUCUUUACCCAGGCAUUGACCCGAACAAGGAACCAACAAUCACGACCUCGUCUGGACGACAGAACGCUCAACAAGCGAAUGCGAUAAGGCCUGGCUCUCGAACGCCUGGCCAACCUAGUCCAGGAGGGCAACAGACUCCAAAGAUGGCCACUUCAGCGCCGCCAGCUUCUAUCAUGAAUAUAACAGCCGGGCCUUAG